CUGGGUUCAUGGUCGAGGAAUUGAGCUUAGCCUCCUGGCCUAUAAUCAUCGGGUUUGCGUACAUGUGUGUCGAGUAGUCUUAACCCUCAAUACCCCUCCACCAGAUUGACACCAAUUAAACAGCACCUCCUUAUUGAUACCACGCAUACACUUGUGACAGUAGCAUGUCGUGGGUCAAAACUCCCUGUUUUGAGGCUAAAUCGGGGAGACAGGGUAAUAGGAGGAUUAGCCGACCCUCUGCUGGGGUACGUCUGGGACGCAAAUAACUCUCCAUCCUCCUCUCAUCCUCAUCCGCGGUCACCAAUGUCAAAUUACAGGGGGCGUAUACCAGCUUGCUCUUAUAUACCAGUCAACAAGUAGUACCGAACACUGGUAGCAGGGCCCUCGGAAGUUAAAAUGUUCUGCAAUCUGAACAUUCUUUCAUUUGUGCUUUCUUGAUUCAUCUUCGGUGUGGAAUCUUUUAUUUUCUUUGGAUAAUAGCUUACAUUGUGCUUUCAUUAUGGUUUUGUGUUAUCGUAUCUGUGCUGUUUCAUGUUCGAUCAGUUUAGUCCUCGCUAUGCUGUUUGUGUCGGGAGGUCAUGGUCAAUCCGAUGUUGACUCAAACCCUAUCUUCUCGUGUAACUAUGAGAAUGAAACAGAUCCAUUCUGUGGUUACAUACAAGAUGCUCUGGAUGAUUUUGAUUGGACGAGACAUGCUGGUAGUACAGCUACAGAGAAUACAGGACCAAGGUUUGAUCAUACCUACGGAUCAACAGAAGGUUUCUAUAUCUACACCGAAUCAUCCCGCCCACGUACCGAUGGCCACAUUGCCCGUCUUCUCUCUCCUGUGAUGCCGCCAUCGACCACGCCCCUCUGUUUAGCAUUCUAUUAUCAGAUGAACGGUGAGGACAUCGGGAAGCUCCGAGUUCUCCUCCAGAUCGUCAACGGUACAGAUGACCCGACGCUGCUCCAGCAAUGGAGUGGUCAUCAAGAUAAUAAAUGGCUGAAAUCUGGGAUCACCAUCCCGCCUCAGGCACAAGAUUACCAAAUUGUACUUGAGAGUGAGGUUGGAGAGAGCUACAGAGGCGAUGUAGCAAUCGAUGAUUUAAUGAUCCUUGAUAAAGUGUGUCCUCUAGACAGCCUUAUCUGCGAUUUUGAGACAAGAAAUCUAUGUGGAUUCAUUCAAGAUACAACUGAUGACUUUGAUUUCUGGUGGAUUUCUGGCAGUACGGGUUCUGGAAGGACCGGUCCAAAGUCUGACAACACAUAUAAGAAUGCAAGCGGGCACUAUGUGUUCAUCGAGGCAUCCGUGCCACAAAGACAAGGCCAUGUUGCUCGUUUGAUCUCGCCGAUGAUGGCGGGCCACGGUGGUCGACCAUCCUGCAUGAUCUUCUAUUAUCACAUGUACGGAAGCCUGAUGGGUGACCUCAAUGUCCAUAUCAAAAACUCAACCUCAGACGACAUCGGUGACCCAGUGUGGAGUAUUUCGGGAAAUCGAGGCGAUCGAUGGCGUGCAGCAGAAGUUAUAAUCACCACGCCCUACGAUUAUCAGGUUAUAUUUGAAGCGGAGAGAGGGGAAACAUAUCGAGGCGAUAUAUCCCUAGAUGAUGUCAAUAUUACGUUCACCGAGUGCCCCGGAAAACAUCACGUCAAGAACUUCAGCAGUGUGAGCUGUGACUUUGAGGAAGUUGAAAUCUGUUACUAUGAGCAGAAUAAAGAUGAUCAAUUUGAUUGGACCUGGUCUAAUCGGGGUACAUGGUGGAGAUUUACAGGACCUCAGGUUGACCAUACACUUGGAAAUGAAUUGGGAUUUUUUAUGUACAUUGAGGCGAGUUGGUACACACCUAGAAAUGGUCGAGCACGCCUGACAUCACCCGACGUUCCCGCCCAGAGGAGACCAUCAUGCCUUGAAUUCUGGUAUCAUAUGUAUGGUACGGAUGUCGAAGAGCUUAAUGUCUACAUCAUGGAUUUAAAUGGUAUCUUGCCAGGACAACCUGACUGGACCCAGAGUGGUGACCAAGGCGAUUUCUGGCAUCGGGCAACACUUACCAUUAAUAAGAUCAAUAGGCCAUUUAAGAUUGUAUUUGAAGGAAAGAGAGGGGUAUCUAGAAGAGAUGACGUGGCUCUCGAUGAUAUCCAACUCUAUAAAAGCAGAACCUGUCCGCCAUUUACCACUGAUCUACCACCUGCAACCACCACCCCGCGUCCUCGGAGUGACCUUCACUGUACCUUUGAACAGGAUGACUGUGGCUUCAUCCAGGCUUAUGAUGAUGUCUUUGACUGGGCUCGUCAUCAGGGUACAGUAACAUGGAGGUGGUGGUUCGAAACGGUACAUAAGGACCACACCCGAGGAGACAGUCUAGGUCAUUUUAUGGUCCUCCAGAUCAUGGAAUGGUGGAAUCACUUGAGCAACGAUUUUGCUCGAACGCUGACCCCUCUUCUCCAGGGUUCUCCCAACCAACGUUGUCUCUCGUUCUGGUUUAUUCUCAAUGGAAGAUUGGCAGAUUUCUUGAAUGUUUACAUCGUAAAACAUGGACAGACAUUGGCCUUUGACCCCGACCUCGUCUUCUUUGGUGAUCAUGGUCUCGAGUGGCAACAAGCAUUUCUUGACAUUCCACCCUCAACCUAUCCCUUUUACAUUGUCUUUGAAGGAACUAUUGGUUAUAUGUGGGCAACAACAGAAACAGCAAUUGAUGACGUAUUUCUUCUCAACCAAAAGUGCAUCAGGCCUACACCAACGACUCAACCAAUCAGUGCUGAUUGCAACUUUGAAGAUGGGCAAGGAGAUGGGAUGUGCAACUAUAUACAGAAGGAUGAAGAGGAAUACUGGUGGCAGCGUCCUCUUACGUUCCGAUGGCAACGUAAUGUUGGCAGAACAUCAACUAUAAACACAGGACCACCUUAUGACCAUACCUUCAUGAAUUCAUCAGGAUACUAUUUGUUUGCAGAGGCAUCACAACCUCAGCGCCCUGGUGAUAAAGCCCGUAUUACUACCCCUCCUCUUGCCUCUUCUGGUGAACGCAUGUGUCUGCAGUUUUUCUAUUUUAUGACUGGAGAUGAGAUUGGCUCACUGACAGUGUACUGGAGUGCUCCGCGAUUUGAAGAAAAGUCUAUCUUCCAGGCAACCAAGUUGGCAGAUCGCUGGCAGUCAGCAUACGUGGAGAUAAAAGACAUUGUAGAUGACUAUCAAAUAAGUUUUGAAGCAGUGGUUGGCUCAGGAAGUCAAGGAGAUAUUGGAAUCGAUGACAUCAGAUUUCUCCGCCAACCAUGCGGUGGGUUUGAGCCAGAGAGCAUGUGUGGGUUUGACAAGGAUUUUGAGACUUGUUUUUAUCGUCAAGGAGAUGCAGAUUUGUUAGAAUGGAUUUGGUAUGACAGCUUGAGCUUUGACCCGUCUCCUUUCACUAAUUCCUCAGAUCCUGUAGGUUCAUUCUUAUACAUCAAAGGUGAUACCAAAGUUCCGAGUGACACAGCAGUCCUCUACCCGCCCAGGAUUCCAACAAAGGCCAUAGACCACUGCCUGUCAUAUGAUGUAACUGUUCAGAAUGACCCUGCUAUGAAGCUUGUAGUUGCUCUUGAAUAUCAGAACUCGACCUGGAGGUCCUUGCAAACUGUCAACACCACCAAUGCUCCAACAUGGACUCACUUUGACUUGAAUCUUGAUUUGAGCCUCUUAGAUAAAGACUUAUUUCAGAUCAAAUUCAUCACAUACUUUGGCAACAAUAAGACUGAUGGAAUAAUUGCUGUAGAUAACAUCACCAUUUCACAAGCCAGUUGCAACGUGGUGAAGGCAAGGACGGCUGCACGGGAAAACCAAAAACGUAGCGGUGGUUCAAGAGCCAGCGUCGCCCUUGGUGUCAUCCUAACUCUAGUCAUCAUCGCUGUCAUCAUCAUGCUUGCCGUUGCCUAUUUCUACGUUCGACGAUCAGGCUUUGGUGAUUCUCCACUCGCCAUAAAGUAUAAGAACCGGGAUAAUGAUAACAACCCGGUCUCGUUACCGGGGGAAGCUGGCAUCGCUAACCCAGUCUAUGACAAACCCGAUCUUGCCAACGCAUGAUAGGACUGGGAAACACAUUCCAAAUUUGAUUUUUGUCAGGUUUUGUAGGCGGUUUUUAUUUUCAUGAAUUCUGGAUAAUUGUAGGGAAUAUAUCUGAUUUUCUACCUAAGACAUGGACUUUACGCAAUAAAAUGAUUAGAUUUCCAGGUUAUACAAAACACUGUCUAGAUGUUGAGUCACAUCUGCAGAACAAAAACAGUUGGCUAGCUUGGCAGAGUCAUUGUAGAUUUAUAUUUUUAGGAUAUUUUAGAACAUGAAGAAUGAGAUAUGUAAAGAUAUUUGUCAUGGCUGUAAGAAUUCUAUUUCCCCAUCCAUCUGUUUUCCCCUCCCCCCUUCCUAAUAUUGCUGCAUAAUAGUCUUAAUAUAGAAUGAGCCAAAGCAAAAAUUUACCUAAUCCUCCAGGAAAGUUUGAUACUGAUUUAAUUUCAAAGAUGAUUCUGUACUUAAGAUAACAUCGUAUCCAGCCUGGAAAUUGACAGCAAUUUUAUUUUCCAAAACUUUUCGUAUUAUACACAAUAAUUACAUAAUUACAUUUUUUCCAAAGCAAUAUUCCCUUCAUACACUCGAUCCUUAAAGGUGUACUUGCAAAACGUUUCUCCAUUUAUCUUGAGUUCUUUUGCAUAUUCUACUACUCAUACUUUACCACUUAUGUUUACUUCUACCCGUUACUGUUACAUUGCUGUGUGUUUGGUGUAUGUUACCACCUA